AUGUUCCUUGGCUAUCACAUUAUGCUACAACAGCACGGCAUCGAUAUGUCUCAGCACAUCCAUGCUGGGCAGUGCCGAACAUUGCUGGACGGAUGGCUGCCUUCAUGUGUCGAUUACAUCAAAAAAACCGCCUCAGGUGGCUUCGUCACACGUAGAGGAUGUUACAGGACUGACUAUGGGGUCGGCUUCAGCUAUACAAACCUGGUGUUCUUGGUAGAUGACCCUACUGACAUCGUCAGGGUCACGGCCAGUACCUCUUCCGCUCCCGUACCAUCUGAGCCUUCCAAACCUGAAUCAGCGCCUAAUAACAACAUUGGAGCUAUCAUAGGAGGAGUAGUGAGCGGUAUAUCAGUCAUCGCCCUCGCAUUGCUGUGCGUGGUCAUCUGGCUCAUACUACGUCGAAGGAGACAGACUCGCGCCGGAAAAUCAAGAAAACAGUCCAAUACAAGCCGACUUCAAGCGCAGCCACCCGCAAAUACGGCGGCCCAGGCUUAG